AUGAGCAAGCUUCCUGGUCCAGUGCCAGGCGCAAAGCCGAAGCUGACGCUGCCGUACCUGCCUUCCGACAGCCUCCAUGCCGCCAUUCUCAGCCGUCUUCCCGCUUGGUACCAGCAGCAACAACAACAGCAGCGGCAUGGGGCACGACCGCGGGCUCGCUCAAAGUCAAAGAUUUUACCGCCGGGCGUCGACAACAUCACCAACCUCCAGACCUCGUUCAGCUUGUGGGAUGGCGUGAGGCAGCUGCAGAGGCGGAAUUACACAAUCUGGGACCUCCAGUAUGUCUUCCUCGCUGCGCUGUCGCUCUUCUCGCUCUGGAUCUCGCCGCCGGCACCGACCAUCAAGUUGCUGGCCGUCAUGGGCAGUCUGUGGAUUCUGCUCAUGCCGGCAACUGGGCAGUUCUUCAGGCCGUCGAUGAUGAUCUGGAUUUGGCUGUUGUACUUCUUUAGCAGCAGAUUCAUUCCAUACGAUUACCGACCUCACAUCUGGGUCCGCGUGCUCCCAGCCCUCGAAAACGUGCUCUACGGCGCCAACCUCUCGAAUAUCCUCUCGGCACAUCAGCACCCCAUCCUCGAUAUCCUCGCCUGGCUUCCUUAUGGCAUCAUCCACUUUGCUGCGCCGCUCGCUUGCUCCAUCGCCAUGUUCAUCUUCGCCGCGCCUGGCACGACGCCCGUGUUUGCAAAGGCUUUUGGGUGGAUGAGCAUCCUCGGCGUCACAAUUCAGCUAUGCUUUCCCUGCACUCCUCCGUGGUACGAGAACGAGCAUGGUCUCACACCGGCAGAAUACGGCAUGCCUGGCUCGCCCGCGGGCCUGGCCCGUCUCGACGCUAUCUUUGGCUUCGAUUUAUACACCAGCAACUUUACCAAUGCGCCGCUUCCCUUUGGUGCGUUCCCCUCGCUGCACGCCGCCAACGCCGUCCUCGAGGCCCUCUUCAUGAGCCAUUGCUUCCCCCAGUUCCGCGUCGCCUUCAGUCUGUAUGCGGCCUGGGUGUGGUGGGCUACCAUGUACCUGAGCCACCACUACGCUGUUGAUCUGGUUGGCGGUGGCCUCAUCGCGGCCAUCUUCUUCUACUAUGCUCGCGCCCGUUACCUGCCCCGCCGCCAGGAGGGCAAGCUCCUACGCUGGGACUACGAGUUUGUCGAGACCGGACACGCCGCCGAGCUCUUUGAUGAGGAGCGCGAUGCGACCUACUUCAGAGCUGGCCAGCUGAGCCAGCGACGCGAAAGCUCCAGCGACGGCUGGACACUGGGCAGCGGAUCGAGCUGGACAUCCGGUAGCGGCACUCUCAGCCCAACGACACCCGACCCAAACUCCGAGAGCUUCGAGGCACAGGCGGGCUGGUACGCCAAGCCUGAGCCCCGGGAGAUUGAGCUGUCCGAGGUCUUCUCGCGAUGA